CGUCGCCCGGACAAACACAAGUCCCUGAAUUCCGUACGCGGAGCCCCCCCAACCCCCUUAACCCCGUCGCGCGACGCUCCUGCACCUCCUCCCGUCCCUAUAUUGACCUCUUUCCCCCAGCACCCGUCCAGCUCGGCUCUCGAUUGUUGCACAACAACUUUGUCAACAUCUCUCACUGCGCGCAUUCAAGAUGGCGACCGCAAGCCCCGUGUCGUUCCUCGACAGCCUUCCCCGGCCCACCCUCGACCGCCCGUUCGGCAUCCAUCUAUGGCCCAUCUUCAGCAAGGCCUUUGAGGCCGUUGUCGGCUACCCUGCCGAAGACUUCAGAUUCGUCCCCGGCCAGACGCCCAUGUCCACUCUCAAGGAGACCAGCAUCUUCAUCGUCAUCUACUACACCAUCAUCUUCGGCGGUCGCGAGCUCAUGCGCAACCGCGAGCCCUUCAAGCUGCGCACGCUUUUCCUGAUCCACAACUUCUACCUGACCGCCAUCAGCGCUAUCCUCCUGGCUCUCUUCAUUGAGCAGCUUCUCCCCAUUGUCGUUCGCGGCGGCAUCUUCCAUGCCAUCUGCCACAUCGACGGCGGUUGGACUCAGCCCCUGGUUGUCCUCUACUACUUGAACUACCUUACCAAGUACCUCGAGCUCCUGGACACCUGCUUCUUGUUCCUCAAGAAGAAGCCUCUCACUUUCCUCCACUGCUACCACCAUGGCGCCACUGCUCUUCUCUGCUACACCCAGCUGAUCGGCUCUACCUCCGUCUCCUGGGUUCCCAUUACCCUUAAUUUGACUGUUCACGUCGUCAUGUACUGGUACUACUUCCAGAGCGCGCGUGGCAUCCGCAUCUGGUGGAAGGAGUGGAUCACCCGUCUCCAGAUCAUUCAGUUCAUCAUUGACCUUGGCUUUGUCUACUUCGCCUCUUACACCUAUUUCACCUCGACCUACUUCCCGUGGAUGCCCAAUGCUGGCAAGUGCGCUGGCGAGGAGUUCGCUGCCUUCUCCGGCAUUGGUAUUCUCAGCUCUUACCUUGUCCUCUUCAUCUCCUUCUACUUUGCCACCUACAAGAAGGACGGAAAGCGCCCCACUGGUCGCAAGUCUCUCCGCAGAAUGUCCCAGGCCCCGUUGCCCGACCCUAAGGAUAUCGUCAGCGCCAAGGCUUCUGGCGCUCGCCCCAGUGGCGCCGCUACUGCCCGUUCUCGCAAGGCUUAAAUCGUUGGCUAGAUUGCGCAGUUACCGAUCCCUCAUGGAUUGACUUUACCAGAACGCUGUAAAAUGCAUUCCUGGCUCCAGAUUCGUCCACAGACGGCCAUUGCUGGCUAAGGGUUUACCGCUCGUGGCGAA